UCUCUCUCUCUCAAUGAAUCAUAGCUCUUAUAAUGAUUACAAUCUCCCUGAGGCACUAUUCCCUGAUGAAGCAUCUCCACCAUGGAACAACAAAGGAGACAAUGCAUGGCAAUUAACAGCAAGAACUUUGGUGGGCCUACAAACAGUUCCUGGGCUUGUAAUCCUUUAUGGGACUGUGGUGAAAAAGAAAUGGGCUGUGAACUCUGCUUUCAUGGCCCUUUAUGCCUUCGCCGCAGUCCUAAUCUGUUGGGUCCUAUGGGCCCAUCAUAUGUCCUUUGGUGCCAAGCUGUUCUCAAUAAUGGGCAGGCCCAGUGUAGCACUCACACCAAAGUUUCUACUGGGCCAAUCAAUAAAUGGCAAAUUUCCAAUGGCAGAUUUUGUGUGUUUUCAAUUUGCAUUUGCUGCAAUUACAGUGGUAUUGCUUGCUGGGUCUCUACUUGGGAGGAUGAACUUCUAUGCAUGGAUGUUCUUUGUGCCACUGUGGCUCACUUUUUGCUACACAAUUGGGGCCUUCACUAUAUGGGGCCAUGGGUUUCUUCAGCCAUAUAUUAUUGAUUAUGCGGGUGGUUUUGCUGUUCACCUUUCUUCUGGGGUGGCUGGUUUCACUGCUGCUUAUUGGGUUGGGCCUAGGCACUCGCACGACAGGCAAAACUUCCCACCAAAUCACAUAAUUCACAUGUUGAGCGGCGCAGGGUUUCUAUGGCUAGGUUGGACUGGUUUCAAUGGUGGAUCUCCAUUUGCAGCGAACGAAAUUGCUGCUCUAGCCAUUGUCAAUACCCAUCUCUGCGCAGCUACAAGUCUCUUGGUAUGGGUUUCUGUGGACAUGAUCAUAUACAAGAAAAGCUCUGUUAUUGGUGCUGUCCAAGGGAUGAUCACUGGCCUUAUUUGCAUUACACCUGGAGCAGGAUUGGUGUCUCCAUGGGCAGCAGUAUUUAUGGGAACACUGUCUGGUUUGCUACCAUGGUACACCAUGAUGGUUUUACACAGGAAAUCAGCAUUCUUCCAAAGUGUUGAUGACACAUUGGGUGUUCACACCCAUGCAGUGGCUGGUACUUUGGGGGCAUUUCUCUCUGGUUUCUUUGCCAAGCCCGCACUUUUGAGGUUGAUGUAUGAAUCAGACAACUAUGGUCCAGGUUUAUUUUACAGCCUUGAGAGUAGAAAACUCAUCGAUGGGCUCAGGCAAAUUGGGUACCAGUUAGCUGGAGUUGUUUUUAUCACUGUAUGGAAUGCUGUUAUGACAAGCAUUAUUUGUAUUUUCAUAAGUCGCAUUGUUAAUCUUAGAAUGGAUGAAGAUGCACUUGAGAUUGGUGACGAUGCUGCACAUGGAGAAGAAGCCUUUGCACUGUGGGGAGACGGGGAGAAAAUGAAUACUUCACUUCGUUUGCACAUUUCUCCUAGACUUCCUUCUCUCUGUCGAGGGCAAGUCUAAGUUUGCCUCAAAAUUUCAAUAAGCUUUUGACACUCUCACUGUCUCAAGGAAUGUGGUAACACUUGUUUCUAGGGCUGUGACACUGGUCAUGUUGGGCUGUUGGUGGAGAACAUAGUAGAUAGAUGUGAAUAUUGUGCAUCAGUAUUCAAAUAAGUUUGGUCCAUAAGUGAAAAUUGUUCGUUUGGCAUUGAUUAGUUGCUUUAAUUGUAGAGCUCUAGUAGAAGAGCUUUUGUAAUAUAGUUUUAAUUGAAAA